AUGAGUUCUGAAGUACACAUGUUUAUCAAUGAACAAUUGAUUUCACACUCUAAUCUGAUUACAAUUGCAGAUAUAUCUGAUAAGUUCAAGUUGGAUGCGUACUCUGCUAAAAAAGAGAUGUUUCAUUACUACACGUCUACCAAAAAUAUGGAUGUCAAGUGUCUCAUAGUGUGUGAGUAUUCAGGUGGUAUGGUGAAAGUGGUGGGGAACUUGGACCAUGUGCAGAAAGAAGGGCUGACGGAUGUGUUCAUUUAUGGGUUUAAUCCUUCCGAUAAAGUCUCGUUUGCGAACAGUGUGAGGGCAAACCCCACCUUAUUAAACCCGUAUACUCUUGUUGUGACUGAAGAUGACGUUGUUUCAGCUGAUACAAACAAGGUGGCUCGUUCACAGACCAUAGAGACGAGGAAUGGGGGCCAGACGAGGCCUAGUGUGCGUGAGAACAAGACAUACCCGCAGACUACAGUUGAUUCGGGUGUAGAUACAGCGGCUGUCAAGCAGUAUGGGAAGAAGCAGCGUGAGAAUACAGAGAAGUUCAGUAAUGUGCUGAAGUCUACCAGUAUUCUUGCUAAAAUGCGGGAAGACCGGGAAAGAAAGGAAAGGAAAAGGCAAGAAGAGUUGCGUAAGCGCAAGGAGAGGAGUACGGUUGUUCCUGCCGAAAAGCAGCAGCAGUUGGAGAAGCUCUCAAAGUUGUUUGAUAGCGACAGCGAUUAUGACAUGGAGAAUAAAGAUGAGGGGAGCAGCGGUGGUGCCGCUGCGUGUGAGCUUAGUGAUCCUACUGCUGCUGCUGCCAGUCCGGUAAGACCAACCCCCCCACAAAUUGAUACUAGUAAUAAGACCGUGGAUCUAGAGGAGCUGCUCGAGACAACUGCCGAUGACAGCAUUGUGAUCUCUUCCCAGAAACCUGACAGCGAAAUGUCAGGAUCACGAUCCUAUCCUGUAGAGCAGCCUGCUCCACAGCCUGCUCCACAGCCAGAGCCUCAGCAAGAAACAUAUAUAGAUGAUGAUGGCUAUAUAGUCACCAAGAGAGCUCAAAAAACGACACCUGUCACUAAUGGAGAUGUACAUACAACGUCGUCUGCUGUCAAGAGAUCUGUAAUGUCUGAGACCCAACCCUCCAAAUCUAGGUCCAUAGCUGGCCCAAAAAAGAAAGUACAGGCCUCGCUGAUGACCUUCUUUAAAAAGAAGUGA